GCCGCCUCCAUGAAAGUAAAUAUUGGAGUUUUUACGCGAUGUUUGAUUUUAGUUAAACGUUGUUGAUAUGGCUUGUAUGGGCUAAUUGCAUAAGAAAAUAUUGCUGCAGUAGAGACAAGUACUGAAUACAAGUCAGAAUGUCGGAGUCGAUUCAACGUAGAAGUGGAAAGCAAAGUGAGGAAAACCAUGACGAGAAAGAAGGAAUGGUCUGUAUCUGGCAAGGUUACAUGGGUGACCUUGGCAUCAAAACAUACCCUGUGUUCUCCUCCAGAAAGAUCAAGAAGGUCGCUGUCGGAGGCAACCACCUCCUCUUCCUCACAGCUGACUUUGAGGUCUUCAGCUGUGGGCAGAAUGAUUAUGGUCAACUUGGUCAUGGUGACCUUGAUGGUGAUGUCACAGAACCCAAGGUCAUUAAGGAUCUGUCAGAUAAGGAUGUAGUGGACAUAGAGUGUGGGAAGAACCAUAGUGCAGCGGUCACUGCAAGCGGCCAAAUCUACUGCUGGGGUCAGUCUAGUCAUGGACAGUGUGCUGUGUCAAAUACUGCAGCAGUUACCUCCCCUCAUCAAACAAUCAUCAUAGAUGAAUCAAUGUGUUGUGAGCAUGGUAUACCUUUAGCCGAGGGUCAUGUGACUGUUGCCAUGGUAGGCUGUGGGGCAGAGCACACUGUUGCGUUAUCAACGUCAGGGGAUGUUUGGGUGUGGGGGACUGGAAUUCAACUUGGACUAGGGGAGGUAACUCAGUCUGAUGUGCCAAAGAGGGUUGAGGUGUUAAAGGAGAAAACAGUGUUAUCGGUGUGUUGUGGUGACUACCAUACUCUGGCACUGGUGGAGAAGUCAGAGAAGGAUGGUGUUCGGAGGAAAAAGAAGGGACAAGAAGCAACAGAAAUCCAAACUCAGAAAUAUUUCCCACCUUUGUGUAAGAAAUGCAAUAAGGAGAUCUACACAUACACAGACACUAACGAUACAUGUAUCAUAGACUCGGAGCAUCUGUGUCGAGAAAGCUCCGAGGAGACGUGCCAGAGCAACACCUCGAGCCUUGUUACGGGGACGGAUAUCGGGAGCUCCAUCAGCUCCUGUCCUGAUGUCCAGAGUCCAGAAGAGGCCAAAAAACACAGGCCACACGCCAGUCUGGAGUCCAUACAUUCAGAGAAGGAGUUGGAUGUGAGUCUUGACUCUAGAGAGACAGUUGUAGAAGCCUCAGGACAUUCUUGUGAUGCUGUUGAUGAACUUGAUCAUGACCUUCCAGAAGAAGCAGAUGCUGGUGGUAGGAGGAGUAGAGCUGCAGUCAGGGAUGACUUGAAGCAAGAAAGAGCUGAUAGUGAAAACAGAGAAGAUGUCAAGGUAGCUCUAAUUUCUACUUUGUCCCUUGAUGAACAUCCUCAAUCCAAAAUAUCUGAAGGUGAACAGAGAACAGACUCUAUACCUGAUGUUGAUGCCAAGACAUCAGAAGUGUCUGACUGCAGUAAAGGUACAGGUGAAGAUACGGAACGUGAUGCAAGCCUCCCUGUGACCAGUGAGAAGGAUGAGGUUGUGUGGAGACGUGCAGUCUCCCUGGAGGAGGAGAGGCAGAGGGAGCAGGAUCUCUCUGAGGAACAUAUCAGACUACAGAGAUCCAAGAGCUUCCUGGAUGAGAAGGAAGCCAGGGAAUACUUAGCCAAACAGUUUGAGGAUGAGUCAACAGAGAAAGAUACGUCUUCUAGUCAAGGAUUUCAAAUUCGCUCAACAAUUCAAAACCUUAUCCCAUACCCUUCAAACAUGAUGGAAUCUAUGAAAACAAUGACUUCCAAAGCUUUGACCAAUAUGCAGACAAUUGCAGAGAAUCUUCCAUUUGUGUCUGGACCAAAUCUCGAUCUGGUCAAUGUUUCUGCAGAUGCUGAAACUACAACAGGAGUUGCUGAAACCGAAAUGAGCAUACAGGAGAAGGCAAUGGUGACGAGUAACAGCAGUCUGGAGAUUUCCACUCCUGGCCAUGAAGAAAUGCAGGAGUCCAGCUUUAUCGAGAUGAUGAACCAGGACAUUAGUUUCCUCUCACCAGACUCUGCAGAUUCUACCCCAGUGCGAGAACGGACUCCUGAGGAGGAGGAGGAAGUACAAGCUAACAGGAAGUCCAAGUCGGUGAGGACUCUCUGGGCUAAGGAAGACCAGCUAGACAAACGGUUGUCCCAAGACUCGGUUAAAGGGUCAGACAACUCAGUGACUGUGGAGGCCAUCCCUAAGGUGUCACUGGACACAGAGGUGUGGUCGUGGGGUCAUAACCAAAAGGGGCAACUUGGCCAAGGUGACCAAGUGAACAGAAUAAAGCCCUGUUGUGUGAAGAUGUUCAGCUCUAGAUGUGUUCUGAAGCUGACAGCUGGCGCCUACCAUACCCUGGCCUUGACCUCUGUAGCUCAAGUGUAUUCCUGGGGACAGAAUUCCUAUGGCCAGCUGGGGCACAGCGAGAAUUCGGCAUCCCCAAACCGAGUAAAGUUCAUGAGAGGGUAUUAUGUGUGGGACAUAGCGACGGGUGACUCCCACUCUCUGUUUCUCACAGACAGCUCGGGAAUGAAGCCGGAUGUUUUCUAUUGUGGGAAACAACCUUCAGCAGAUGUGUAUGCAACUGUCAACAAAACCCGGUGCCUAACGCCCUCAGUGUCCUCAAGAAGAAGAACAGGUUGGUUAAAGAGCCUGUCAUCAAGGGGAGACAACUGUGCCUGUCUGUUGUCUGACCCGACGGUAGCUCUACCUGCCCUGUAUGAGCUGGCUGCCAUUCAGAGAGGGUUUUACUAUCACCUGAACAGAAUCAAGAUGGACCUGCUGAAGCCCCUCAGCAGUCAUGCCUUCUACACCAGCCUUGAUGUGUAUCCCUACAAGUCCGCACUGCAGAACCUGCUCGCCUCCUUCUACGUCCUCACUAAGAACGUAGGAGAACAGAUAGGAGAGAUGACAGUGAUGAUACGUGAAGGGCUGAAACUCACUGAUGCCAGCCAGUUCAAGAAUUACAGUGAACCAAUCACCAUGACGCAGAAAUACUCACGAUUCCUUGCAGACUUCAUUGCUAUUGGAGGUUUCGAAUACUGUGCGAAAAAUGGAAGUGCCUUUUUUGAGAAGAUUCAGGGCAAGUUCCCAGACUUGAUCCUGGAGAAGAAGGUGGACAAGUCUCUGUGGGCAGCUAACUGCCGCAAGGUCAUGAUGUUCCCCCUGCAGAGACUGAAGGACUUCUGUCGACACCUGUCCAAACUCACAGACUCCCUCCAACAGGUAUGUCAGACUCUCCAAACUCACAGACUCCAUCCAACAGGUAUGUCAGACUCUCCAAACUCACAGACUCCCUCCAACAGGUAUGUCAGACUCUCCAAACUCACAGACUCCCUCCAGCAGGUAUGUCAGACUCUCCAAACUCACAGACUCCAUCCAACAGGUAUGUCAGACUCUCCAAACUCACAGACUCCCUCCAACAGGUAUGUCAGACUCUCCAAACUCACAGACUCCAUCCAGCAGACUCCCUCCAACAGGUAUGUCAGACUCUCCAAACUCACAGACUCCAUCCAACAGGUAUGUCAGACUCUCCAAACUCACAGACUCCCUCCAACAGGUAUGUCAGACUCUCCAAACUCACAGACUCCCUCCAACAGGUAUGUCAGACUCUCCAAACUCACAGACUCCCUCCAACAGGAUUCUGUGGCACACAAACUGCUGAAGAAAUCUGUGUUAAACUGGGAAAGUCUCAAAAUGACCACUUUGAAUGAGAUUGUCAUCGCCGACCAGACCAAGGCAUUCUGGGAAGGAUGUAACCAGAAAUUAGCGGACACUCUUCGGAUCCCUAGUCGUCGUCUGCUUCGGGAUAGCAAGAAUCAUCCAGUGUCAAUCCCCAGUGCUGGACGCUUUUCCUCUCACUUGCUGCUCCUCUUUAAUGACAUCUUUGUCCAUGCUCAGUACAACCUGAAUCAGGUGUUGCCCCUGGAGACGGUGUGGGUAGAGGUGCCUCCUUCAGAGUCUGAAUCUGCACAACAGGUGGGCAUUAUCGUGACCUCACCGGAGGAGACAGUGGACCUCAUUGCUGGUUCUCCCGCUGAGAAGGCUGAAUGGGUAAUGGCCUUGAACUCAGCAAUCAACAAAGUUCUGUCCAGUCAGAAGUCUUCAUCUUCAGGAAGGCGGGGCAGUGUGGAGCGCCUGACUCCGCCCCUUAUCCGACAUGCCAAGUACUCCUUCGUCAAGAAUGGAGUGUUUAAAGAUGCAACAUACUCAGGGUCAUGGUUGAAUGGCAAACUACAUGGAUAUGGUGAACUGAAGUGGAGCGACGGCCGGACGUACAUCGGCAUGUUCAAGCAAGGACUCCAACAUGGACAUGGAGUGCUGACAAUUCCUAAAGGGAAUAAUUCUACUGUGUGUAUGGAAGGGGAAUGGAAGGAUGGCAAACUCAAUGGCUAUGGAAGCACCAGGUAUACAAAUGGCGACUGCUACGAGGGGUAUUACAAGGAUGGCCAGAAGUUUGGUCAUGGAACCUACCGCCAGGGCCGCCACAUGUCAAGCAACGCCAGCAUCCACAUCGGGGAGUGGCUGGCAGACAAACGCCAUGGCUACGGUGUACAGGAUGAUAUUCUUAGAGGUGAGAAGUACAUGGGCAUGUGGAACGAUGACGUGCGACACGGCAAGGGCAUCGUCGUCACCCUGGAUGGGAUGUACUUCGAGGGAACCUUCUCAGCAAAUAAACUAACUGGGUUUGGUCUGAUGCUGACUGAAGACAACAGCUGCUAUGAGGGUCAGUUUGCUGGAAUCACACAGUUACAGGGCAAUGGUACAUUGACUCUUCCAACAGGAGAUAAACUGGAUGGUUACUUCAACGGUUCCUGGAACGAAGACCUUAAGUUUAAUGGAACCUUCAUCAAGGCCACAAGUCCCCCACCUGUUGAGAGGAGAUCCUCACACCUACUUGGGAUAAAGUCAAAUGUGUAUGGCAAGCUGUCAGUGCCUGCUGAACACAAGUGGGCUGAUAUUUUCCGCCACUGUUGCUCGUUACUGGGGUACAAGGGAGAUGGCAAGUCCAACUCUGACAAGGCCUGGGAGAGUGUAGCUGUUAUCCUCAACUCUGGCAGGAAGCGCCUCAAGGAGAUGGAGAAGUGUUCCCCACUCAAGCUGCGGCACCAGAGUGUCAGCCUGGAGAGUCUGGAGACCAUCCCUGUCCACAACACCGGCAACCUCACCAUGGAGAACUACCACCAAAUCAAAGAGUACCUACAGAAGGCAUUUGACACAACAUUCCACCCUCUGGGCAAGCUGAUGGAGAAUCUGGUGGACGUGUUCCGUGCCGCAUAUAUCGGUGUUGGAGCCCACCCACGUCUCCUGCAUCAUGCCAUCGAGGAGGUCAAGUCAUAUGUACAGCGCAUUUACAGUGUUGUCCGAAUCCUGUUUCCUGACCUGCCUCUGAAUGGUGGCCCAAUCCUGAUAUUUCGGGAGAUGUCGAGUAGAGACGGCCUGCCAAAGACAACGGAGGAGGCCCAGAAAUUCUUCCAGCAGCCAACCAGGGAGAUGGAGGAGGAGAGUAUCAGUGAGAUAAUGACGGCAGCCGGCCUGCUGUACCCGCUGCUGCUGCCUAAGAUCUACCCACCUCUGUUCGACCUGUAUGCCUUGUACAAUGACAAGGAUGACGAGAAGUACUGGGAGAGGGUGCUGAAACUGAACAGACAGGGAGACAUGGCACUCAUGGCCUACCUCGGGAUAGAACAGAAGUUCUGGUUGAUAGAUGAGGAACUCUUCCAUGAUAAAGGACAGAAACUGUCCCAGCUGAGAGACUUCUGCUAUGCAUCUGCCGUGGACACUCUUCAACAAUUGAGUACAGCGUUCAGCCCCAUUGAAAAGCUAAAGGUUCUUGAGAAGACAUUCCUGGAGAUCACAUCGACGGUCCAGUCAUCCCUCAGUGAGGAUCACAUGUGGUGCAUGGAUGACCUCUUCCCCAUCUUCCAGUUCGUUGUCGUUCGGUCAAAGAUCCGCCAUCUGGGUGCGGAGAUCCACAUGAUAGAUGAUCUGAUAGAACACCACAUGGAGUAUGGAGAACUGGGCCUCAUGUCCACCACACUCAAGGCAUGCUACUUCCAAAUUCAAAAUGAAAAGAUGCCACAUCACUGAUGUUGUUUGCAGUAGACGUGUGUUAAAUUCAUUAUCACACCCCAGGAUGAAGCCUCAUUGAAAUGUCGGUGCUGUCACAGUAGCCUACAUAGUCCAUGCUGUCAUUAUGCAAUACGAUGCCUGAUGACGAGUUCCUGGCUGCCUAUAUCCAGUACGAACAAGUCUGUGUCUGUGUCUGUGUCACAUCAUCAGAAUUACCUCGAGAAGGAAGUCCGUUGUCUGUUCACAUGUGUCGCUCCUGUCUCACAUGAAGAAAAUACAUCUCUUACAUUUCUGCCAACAUCUCAGGGUGUGAGACCUUGUUUAACCACAUGAAAUUAAUUAAUAGCUUCUCAUCUUCAUAUUCACAAAAAGACAAGAGAGGCACUUUGUUUUUUAACUAAAAAAAUGUUAAUGUCUGUUAAUUAACUGUCAGUAUAGAUUAUUCACGUAAGGUGUCAAUUAUUAUAUGGCUGGACUAUAUAUAUAGUUUAUUUCCUCAAGUAAAGACAGAAGGGAAGAGAUAGCGAUUUCCUACAUUUUUAUGACAAUGACUUCAUCAUAGGAACCAGUCACAUUGCUCCAAAGUGGAAUUCUACAGUAGACUUGGUCCUUUAUUCCUCCAGCUUGUCCUCAGUGUGGUAAAGACUUGGACUAGGGCUGGGUUCUCCUGGAAGGUAUCUCCACACUGUCUGACCUAGUGUGUGAUCAUACCCUCACAGUUUUUUAUGCUGCCGUUAUGUCUGAUCAUCUGCCAAAAAGAACUUGUUCAUUCAUUUUUCAAUAACUUAAAUAGACUGCUAUAGUUUUAUCCAUCUGCUUUAGUACGUCUGCCAUAUCGUCAUGAAUAGCUUCAAAAUUGCUGAUGCAGCAUUAGCCAAUACUCACUCACGUCUGCCAUGAAGCAUAAAUACAUGGCCUUGACCUUUAGAAGCGUAGUAGUUAAAUCAAACUUUAUUAGACACUUGAUGAAUGCAUAGCUUAAUCCCUGACUGCUGAUAUUGCAAAGUCACACAAGGUCACACUGAUAGCUUUAAGAAGUUCACAAUAUUGUGGCAGUGUCAGUUUUUAGUCACCAGUCUUUCUCUCUGUACAUAUCACUACACUGACGAGGUGUAAUUUGAUUUGUUUAUAUGGUAUAUCUCGCCUGUAUCUGAUAUUACGGAUAGAAAAGUAA